AAUAACAAAUGGAUAUUGUAAGAAUUCGAUAUUUUAAUUUUAAUUAGUUCUGCUUCACACACAAGCCAUGUUAUAAUGGAAUCAGAAAACGGAAGAAAAUCUGGUGUAGAGACUCCUGAUCCUGUUCACUCACAGGAUGGAAAGACAGAGCCAGAGGCAUGGAUGACUUCAAAUAGAGGAACAUCAAGGUCUGUGAAACACAUCAUCUCCAAGGACGAUCAGGAUGCAAGAGUUCUGAAGAAGCCUAAAGAGGAAGAAACUGAUGAUGAACAUGAUGGCAUCUUCUCAGUUGGAGAAACACUAUGCUUCAUGGAACAGAUCACCCCUGUGGACCAGCUGAAUGGAGGAUUCCUGAAGAAGCCUGUGAAAGAGGAAGAACCAAAAGAUGAAGAUCACUUCUACGGUGAAGAGUGCAGUUCCAUCAUAAACAAGAGUGAGGUUCAUGGUCCAGCUCUGUUUAUCUGUGAUAACCCUGUUCCAGUGGGUAUUGCUGGCCGAGCAAGGCAAACCCUUCCGCCUGGUUUAGAGGUCCGGGAGUCUGGUAUUCUUAAUGCCGGCCUGGGAGUGUUUAAUAAAGCAGAGACGAUUCCAGCUGGUGCACACUUUGGUCCUUACCAGGGAGAUCUUGUGAACAGAGAAGAGGCAAUGAAGAGUGGAUAUUCUUGGGUGAUAUUCAAGAAUAGUCAGUGUGAGAAAUACAUAGAUGCCAUAAGAGAGACACAUAGUAACUGGAUGAGGUAUGUGAAUUGUGCUUGUAAUAAUGAAGAACAUAAUCUGGUGGCAUUUCAGUAUCAAGAGAUGAUUCUCUACCGCUGCUGUCGACCUAUCAAACAUGGACAGGAGCUCUUGGUUUGGUAUGAUGAAGAAUAUUCAAAAGAUUUUGAACUAUUUGACCAGCUUUGGAAGACAAAGAGCUCAGCUGAAGAAACAAAAAGCUCCCAGCAACAACUCUUCUCCUGCUCUUUGUGUGUAUUUUCCUCCACCACUCAAAUCUACCUCCACCGGCACAUCAGGAGCUGCCACCACCACGAAUAUAUUCGACUGCUGAAAUCAGGAGAGAUUAAAUAUGAGAACCUGAUGCCCACAACCAGCUCCUGUAGUCAGCACAAAUCUUCUGCUUCUCUCAGCAACAACUCCCUUCACACACAAAUAAAGAAAGAAAUUCUCCACUGCUCGCACUGUGAGAGAGGUUUCACCGAACCCAGCCUUCUCAAAAUACACCAGCGCAUUCACACAGGAGAGAAACCGUAUCAGUGCUCACAGUGUGGGAAGAGUUUCACUCAAAUAGGUACGCUCCAACGACACCAGCGCAUUCACACGGGAGAGAAGCCGUUCCGCUGCACCCAGUGCGGAAAGAGUUUCACGCAGAAGAGUACUCUCCAGCUACAUGAGCGCAUUCACACAGGAGAAAAACCUUAUCAGUGCUCACAGUGCGGGAGGAGCUUUACCUACCAGAUAGCGCUCCAACUGCACGAGCACAUUCACACUGGAGAAAAACCACAUCACUGCUUAGAGUGUGGGAAGAGUUUUACUCAAAAGAGUGAUCUCCAACGGCACCGGCGCAUUCAUACAGGAGAGAAGCCAUAUCACUGCUCGCAGUGCGGGAAGAACUUUACAGAUAAAGGCACUCUCAAACGGCACCAGCUCAUCCACACGGGAGAGAAGCCGUAUCGCUGCGUAUUGUGCACGAAGAGUUUUGCACGACAGAGUCAUCUCCAUUCACACCAGCGCAUUCAUAUCAAAGAGUAACACUGGUUUUGGUGAGUGCUGGCUUUCCCCAAACAAAGUGAUGGUUAAUGCACUUUCAAAUAAUCCAACCAGGGCACUCAGGUGGCGGAGUGGUAAAACACGCUAGCACACCAGAGCUGACAUCUCAGACUCGUCAUUUCGAAUAUCACCUCUGCUACUUGCAGGCUUGGGCGCCUUAGCGAACAAUAACUGAUUCAUUCGCAGUAAGGUUGCUGAAGGGGAUUCCCCAUAACUGGUGCAAUUACGGCCUCUGCUGGUUGAUUGAUGGUGCCUGCUCAGAGACAAGGGAUAAUGGGAUUAGAGUGUGACUCUCCAUACACAAAGCUGAUCCACAUAUAAACUUGCCUUGUGCAGGUGAAAAGAUGCAGUCGGUGCUGCACAUGUGUCGGAGGGGACUUGUUUCAGAUGCAUCAGUAAAGUGGAAGCAUAAUACAAUCAGGGUAAUUGGACAUGACUAGAUUGGGAGGAAAAUUGGGGAAACUGUGAAGAUAAAAAAAGAUCCAACCAAGGACUUUAGAUAGAUAGAUAGACAGACAGAUAGACAGACAGACAGACACUUUAUUGAUCCCAAAGGAAAUUAAAGUCCUAGUAGCAUUAUAAAGCAAUGAAGGUACACACUAUAAAAAUUUAACAGUACAAAUUCAUAACAUAACAACCAAGAUUGAAAGGAACCUGAACUUUACAUAUAUUGGGCUUAAGCAAUACAGUGGUACCUUGAAACUCAGCGUCAAUUGGUUCUGGGAGUGGCGUCGAGUUUAAAAGGUGUUGAGUUUCAAGGUAUUUUUUGUCAUAAGGAUGUAUAGGAAACCUGUUAAUGCGUUCCAUGGUCCCGUAGAACUGCAUAUAUUUUAGGCUAAUGUAAAAUAAUGUGGUUGUUUUUGACACUUAUACACUGAAAAUAACACAAAUAAAAUUGAAAAACAGUUAAAUACAAUAAAACCUGCACUUUACCUUUA